CGCUGGCUUUCUGCUCACUCCUCCAAAAAUGCAGCGGCUGUUGACUCCAGUGAGGCAGGUGUUGCAAGUGAAGAGAGUGAUGCAGGAAGCUUCCCUCCUGCCUGCCCGCCUUCUCCCAGCAGCCCACCCCAGUUUUUCUACAGUUCCGGCUGUCCCCUUGGCCAAAACAGAUACUUGGCCCAAGGAUGUGGGUAUUCUUGCCAUGGAGGUCUACUUUCCAGCCCAGUACGUGGACCAGACAGAGCUGGAGAAGUUUAACAAGGUGGAGGCAGGGAGGUACACAGUGGGCUUGGGCCAGACCCAGAUGGGCUUCUGCUCGGUCCAGGAGGACGUCAACUCCCUCUGCCUGACGGUGGUUCAACAGCUGAUGGAGCGCACGCAGCUCCCCUGGGACUCCGUGGGCCGCCUGGAAGUGGGCACUGAGACCAUCAUUGAUAAGUCCAAGGCUGUCAAAACAGUGCUCAUGGAGCUCUUCCAGGAUUCAGGCAACACUGACAUUGAGGGCAUCGAUACCACCAAUGCCUGCUACGGUGGCACUGCCUCCCUCUUCAAUGCUGCCAACUGGAUGGAAUCCAGCUCCUGGGAUGGUCGCUAUGCACUGGUGGUCUGUGGGGACAUUGCAGUCUACCCCAGUGGUAACGCUCGCCCCACAGGCGGGGCUGGAGCUGUGGCCAUGCUGGUUGGGCCCGAGGCCCCUCUGGUCCUCGAGAGAGGGCUUAGAGGAACCCACAUGGAGAACGUGUACGACUUCUACAAACCAGAUGUGACUUCAGAGUACCCACUGGUGGAUGGGAAGCUCUCCAUCCAGUGCUACUUACGGGCCCUGGACAAAUGUUACGCAUUCUACCGUCGAAAGAUCGAGAAACAGUGGAAGCAAGCUGGCAUCGAUCGGCCUUUCACUCUCGAUGAUUUGCAGUAUGUGAUUUUUCACACGCCUUUCUGCAAGUUAGUCCAGAAAUCCCUGGCCCGCCUGAUGUUCAAUGACUUCCUAUUGGCCAGCGGUGACUCACAGCCUGGCAUCUACAAGGGGUUGGAGGCCUUCAGGGGGCUAAAGCUGGAAGACACCUACACCAAUAAGGAUGUAGAUAAAGCAUUUCUAAAAGCCUCUCUGGACAUGUUCAAUAAGAAAACCAAGAACUCCCUCUACCUCUCCACGUACAACGGGAAUAUGUACACCUCAUCCCUAUAUGGAUGCCUGGCCUCACUUCUGGCCCAUCACUCUGCCCAAGACUUGGCUGGCUCCAGGAUUGGUGCCUUCUCUUAUGGCUCUGGUUUGGCAGCAAGUUUCUUUUCUUUCCGGGUGUCCCAGGAUGCUUCUCCAGGCUCCCCGCUGGAGAAGCUGGUAACCAGUGCAUCAGACCUGCAGAAACGUCUUGCCUCCCGGAAGCGUGUGUCUCCUGAGGAGUUCACAGAAAUAAUGAACCAGAGAGAAGAAUACUACCACAAGAUGAACUUCUCACCACCUGGUGACAAAAACAGCCUUUUCCCAGGCACUUGGUACCUGGAGCGAGUGGAUGAGCUUUAUCGCCGAAAGUAUGCCCGGCGUCCUGUCUAAAGGUGAUCUGUGGAGAGUUUCCUGGGAAAAGUGCUACAGAACAUCUGCCCUCUUUCAACUGUAUAACCCCCGACUCUUAGCUGGUAAAUAGAUUGCAUUGGACACAGCAGCCUGUAAACACUGGCCCCAUGGAGUGAGGGGCCAUCCUUAAUGGGUCCUUCUGCCUUUCCCUGCUGCAAUCACUGUCAUGGGCUUGCAGAGCCCUCUAUGAAGAGGUGGCGGGACAGAGGAGAGACUCAGCCUUGAAUCACAGACCGAAAGUGUGGCAGCUCCAUUGUCUCCUUCAAGAUCCAGAUAGCUCGCCUCUCGUUUGUUAUAGCUUUUCAUUAUUGUUAUUAUUACAUUUCCAUGCUGUUAUGUCUUUGUCUCUUAGGGUUUUCUGUGAAUUUCUAAAUUCCAUGUUUGGUACUAAGCUAAAAGAACACAAUUAAAAAGCAAAG